AUGGCGACAACUGCUGCGCUUUCUUCAGAUACACCGGCUUCAGGUAUUGUUUACACUUUUGCAUAACCAACUUCUUUAGAUUCGCUCCAAAAAAGAGCUCGUGAGAAGCGUCAAGUCCACCAUCAUCAUCACAGUCUUCCUCAUACACGCCCUACCCAACGACAUGUGGACAAUCGUCAGCGAAAGUUGAGAGAGAAAAGAAGGCCGGCCAAUUUUAUCUCAACGGACGGAACAGUAAAGAAAUACUUUGUUUUGUGAUCUCUUUCUUUAGACCAGUGGUGACGAUCAGGAACUCGUGAAUGGCGACGAAGAAAAUAGUCACAAGUUGGAGCAGAUGCUCAAGAAGACCGAUCAAUUGCCUUCUGAUCUAGAUGCUGAUUGUGAGGACAACAACAGCACUGAUGUGGAUACUGUCAGUGUGAGUGGAAGUGUCAAAGUAAGUUGCUCUUUUUUAUUGUAUUGGUUUAGUCGAAAGACACACCUGAAAACAGAGCUCCGCGAGAUGACAUUGCUGUAUUAAAUGCAAAAGUAAAUGCACUGGAGAAGGUAAGUAAAGCCCAUCAAAACCAAUGGUUAACCUUAUUUCAGCAAUUGGCAACAGUCCUUCAAGUCAACGGGAAGCUUAAGGAGGAGAACGAACAGCUGAAGAGAAUUGUCAAGAAGGGCCCGUAA